AGAGCGCUUCAGCUUCAGUCUUCACUGUUCCUGCAGGUAAACGUGGAGGUUUUCAAUACAAUUCAAAGAGUUUUUGAUUCGCUGUAGACUGUUAACCCAUCACCAAUGGAAAGGCUAAUUCAGUUACUGCUUUUCUCAGGAUUCUGGACGUUCACACAGAGCAACUCAAAUAAAUUUAUUCUCAUCCAGGAGAAUAAGACCUGGGCUGGUGCACAAGCUUACUGCAAAAAGUAUCACAUUGACUUGGCCACAAUUGUAAGAACUGACGACCAAACAAGUGUACGAGAAGCGGUUAGCGCUGCGCUGCCUCCAUUGGCCUGGACUGGACUGUACAGAAACACUAACACUUGGGGGUGGACUUAUCAGUUAAGGAAUGUCCUAUUAUCAUUCUGGAAGCCUGGACAGCCAGACAACUCUGAUGGAAAAUCGGAUUGUGGUGUCAUCAGUGCCAGUGGAUGGGAUGAUAUUGAAUGCCUUCAAAUGUUACCAUUUUUUUGCAUCAAUUUGAACACAGCAGACCGGUUUGUUUUUAUCCCUCAAAACAAGUCAUGGAGUGAUGCUAAGGCUUACUGCACAAAGUUUCACACAGAACUGGCCAUGAUUUUGAGUAAAACUGAAAAUGACCUGCUGGUGAAUAUGACGGUAGGAUAUGACAAAGCAUGGAUUGGUCUGUUUAAGGACUCUUUUAGGUGGUCAGAUAAUACAAUUAACAUGUUCCCCAUAAACUGGAGUCCUGGACAACCUAACAUGACUGGCCCAUACCGACUUUGUAUCGCUACAACUAUUGAUGGAUAUGAUGAUCGAUUCUGCACAGAGACCCUUCCAUUUUUCUGCUUUCGUCAUACAAAGAAUAAGAUCAUGAGAGUGGAGUUGAAAUCGAGUCAGAAUCCAAAUGAUCCUGCGGUGAUGGAGAACAUCUUACAGUUGAUAAAGCAGAAACUGAAGGAUCGUGGGAUAGGGAAUGACACAACAUUGACAUGGAGAGUUCAGCCAGAUGGAAAUGUUUUCACAUCAAAAAAUGAAAGUGAAGUGAACCAAACACACUGUUCAGACUCUUUCUUUUAAAUAUAACAGGUACCAUAUCUGACGAUAUUAAAGACUGUUAUUUAUUUAAAUCAAAUCUCUCUAAAAAAUUAUAUUAAUAGAACUUUUACUUCAGUUAAAAUUUUUAGUUUUACUUCAUUUUAUAUUUUAAUUAAUCAAAUUAAUCUUGCAUAAUCUAAGGCAUUUCAAAAAUUAAUUGAACAAAAUGUGUCUUAUGCUGCGUGCACACCGUCAGUUUCUUCCGCUGACAGAUUGACAACUGUGCAACUGUGAACAUUGGCAAAAGGAAGUGGGCGUGUCUAUCUACUUGACCAAAUCAAGAACUGUUCAACUUUUUGCAAAUGACAUUAGGAGCGACUUCCAAUGAGAGUGAAGCAGUGGAGUUCACGUCAUCCAUCUUUCGUCAGUUACUGAGAGGAUGUUAACCUGUUUGUUUAUUCUAGGACAAAUUGAAUUGGGAACGCCGUCUGGCCUUAUUGAAAGAGACGAGUGACACACAGCAUUAGAUGUCAGUUUUUGUUUUUAUUAUUGUUUUUAUUUUAAAUCCUUUCACAGCAAUCUUUUUUUUUUUUGCAGUAAACUUUGCAAGAGUUGCGUUUGCGGUCUGUAUUUGUAUUGUCCCUUUAUAUAUACACAUAAAUCCAAAUCCACUUUAUUUAUAUAGCACAUUUUAUAAACACAAAGUUUCCAAAGUGCUGCACAAAAGAAUCAUAACAUACGAAACAAUUUAUAAAUAUAAAAUACAGAAGAUAAAAAUAAUAAAUACCACUAAAAGGACCACACGACUCAAGCGCAGUUAAAAGCGAGUCUUUAGACGAGAAUGUAGGAGCAGUUCGGACAUGGAGGGGCAGAGCAUUCCAUAGUUUAGGUCCUAUGACUGAAAAAGCCCUGUCCCCCCCGAGUUUUAAGUCUUGUCUUAGGGACUACAAGCUGUAGCUGGCCUUCUGACCUCAGUGUCCGCGCUGGCGUAUAAAUUUGAAUGAGGUCCGAAAUAUAAGUUGGGGCAAGUCCAUGUAUAGCUUUAAAAACAAACAAUAAAAUCUUAAAAUCAAUUCUAAAAUAAACAGGAAGCCAGUGCAAUGAGGCAAGGAUUGGAGUUAUAUGGGUGCGCUUUUUAGUUCCUGUUAAAAGACGUGCUGCAGAAUUUUGGACUAACUGUAAGCGUGAAAGUGCGUUUUGAUUUAUACCAGUAUAAAUUGCAUUACAGUAGUCUAAACGAGAAGAAAUAAAAGCAUGAGUAACUUGUUCAAAAUUGUUAAAAGACAAAAGCGGUUUAACUUUGGCUAAAAUGCAAAGAUGAUAAAAACUAGAUUUCACUACUGCAUUUAUUUGUUUGUUUAGUUUAAAAUCACUGUCUAUUUUAACCCCAAGGUUAGUUACAACAGGAUGCACUAAAAUCAUUUAGGGAGCCCAAAUCUAUCAUGGGGUUAGUGGGGCCAAACUGCAUAAUCUCUGUUUUACUCUCAUUUAGUUUUUAAAAAAUUUGGGCCAACCAUGCUUUGACAUCAUUCAAGAAUGGGUGUCAGGGGGCUGCCUUCAUGCUUUCUGAUUGGUAUGUAAAUUUGACAGUCAUCAGCAUAUAAAUGAUAGGAGAUUCCAUGCUUUUUAAAAAUCAUUUCAAGUGGAAGAAGGUACAAUGAAAAAAGAAUUGGACCGAGAAUUGAUCCCUGGGGAACCCCACAAUUUAAAGGUGCAGUUGAUGACGUAUAGUCCCCCAUUUUAACAAAAAAGCAUCUCCCUGAAAGAUAAGACUGAAACCACUUUAGGGCAGUCCCCCUGACCCCCACACAGUUUUCCAAACGUGAUAAAAGAAUUUUAUGGUCAACUGUGUCAAAAGCAGCAGUGAGAUCUAAAAGCACUAAAAUGGCUGAAUCACCAGAAUCUGUCAUUAAAAACAGGUCAUUAAAAACCUUUAAAAGUGCAGACUCAGUGCUAUGAUAUACUUUAAAACCUGACUGGAAAAUAUCUAGGAUGCCAUGUAAAUCCAGAAAAGACUGUAACUGCAAUAAUACAAAUUUUUCCAAAAUUUUCGAUAAAAAAUGAAGCUUUGAAAUAGGACGAAAAUUUGAAACAUUUGUUGAGUCAAGUCCAGCUUUCUUAAUUAGUGGCUCAAUCACAGCUUUUUUACAAAAAGCAGGCACAACUCCGGAAGACAGGCUACUAUUUAUAAUCUCCUCAACAUGAGAGCCAAUCGUUUCCCAUACAUCCUUAAAAAAGUGUGGAGGGACAGGGUCUGUAGAGGAUGUAGAGGGUUUAAUUUGAUUGAUAAUCUUUGUAAGAGAUAACAAUGAAACUGGCUGAAACUGACAAAGAAUUGCGGAACAUUGCAUGUUUAAUGAUAAGAGGCAAUAUAUUGUCUCUAAUAUUCAAAACGUUACUGUUAAAAAAGGCCAAAAAAUUGAAGAUUCAGUAGAAAUGGAAUGUGGAGGGUUCAACACAGACCCAAUAGUUUUAAAAAGAACACGUGGAUUUUUUACAUUUUGAGAAACUAUUUCUGUAAAAUAUUGUUAUUUGUUGUAAAACAAAAUCAAACAUUACAGGACAGUGAUCCGAAAAAAUAGCAUCAGACACUAAUACAUUAUUAAUAGGCAACCCAUAGGACAAUACAAGAUCCAAUAAAUGGCCAUGUAUUUGUGUAUCUUGCAACAUGUUGAAUUAAAUUAAAACCAUCAAUCAAAUCUAAAAACUCUUUCGCCAUAGCUUUUGAAGGGCAACAGACGUGCACAUUAAAGUCACCGACAAUUAAAAUCUUAUCAUAAUUUGUCCGUAUAACAGCAAUAAAAUUAGAAAUUCCUUAUUAGGCUUUGGUGGCCGAUAUAUCACAACGCACAGAACCGGAUUUUGCGCAUCCAGUUCAAAACAGCUUAGCAGGUUUUAGUUGGGGUGUGAUGCUUGUAGUAGCAGCAAGGGCUGCAUGCAUUGACUGUAAAGUCUGUAAUAUAAUGCUAUACAUUUAACAAAUUAUAUAAAAUGUUUAUUAUGGAAUUUACUUACACAUUUCAUUCUAUUGUAAUUUGGUUUAGUAUGUUUCAUAUUUAUCCAUAUCAAAUAUAUACUGUUGUAACUUCAA